AAUGCCCUGAGAACGCAGCCGGAACGCUGAGAUCCCAGGAUCCGGUAGCUGAAUGAGAUUCGCACGGACUGCAGGCUAGACUGAAAUCUUCCAUCCCUCCCAACAGCCUGGAGUCGCGAGACAGGGGACGGGAUCUCAGAACUCUGGCCCUGGGCGCGCAGGGACGGUAUCGCUGUUCCUGGUGCUGAAACACUGCGGUCGCAGAAGGGAGAGGCCGCCUGCUCUUAGGGUACCGCGCCGCAGCGGCUGCGGGAGCUGUCCAGUGCUGAAACGGAUGCGGCAGGCCGGCCGGGCUUAGACCCGAGCCUGCUGCACCCGUAGGAGACCGGACGGAGCUGACGCAGAGCGCUGGGAGAGCGGGGAACAGCGGGCUCCAAGCCGGGAAUGGACCUGCAGAGACUCGACUCCUACCAAGGGGGAGCCGGCCCUGACUUCCAUGAGCACGUCCUGCAUAAGACCAUCCUGGUGGGGGACAGCGGCGUGGGGAAGACCUCCCUGCUGGUUCAGUUCGACCAGGGCAAGUUCGUCCAGGGCUCCUUCUCGGCCACCGUGGGCAUCGGAUUCACAAACAAAGUGGUGACUGUGGAUGGUGUGAGAGUGAAGCUGCAGAUCUGGGACACGGCAGGGCAGGAGCGGUUCCGCAGUGUCACGCAUGCUUACUACCGAGACGCCCAGGCCUUGCUCCUGCUGUACGACAUCACCAACAAAUCUUCCUUCGACAAUAUCCGGGCUUGGCUCACUGAGAUUCACGAGUACGCCCAGAGGGAUGUGGUGAUCAUGCUUCUGGGCAACAAGGCAGAUGUGAGCAGUGAAAGGGUGAUCCGCUCAGAGGACGGAGAGAUGCUGGCCAGGGAGUAUGGAGUUCCCUUCAUGGAGACCAGCGCCAAGACGGGCAUGAAUGUGGAGCUAGCCUUUCUGGCCAUUGCCAAGGAGCUGAAAUACAGGGCCGGGCGGCAGGCCGAUGAACCCAGCUUCCAGAUCCGAGACUACGUGGAGUCCCAGAAGAAGCGGCCCAGCUGCUGCUCCUUCCUGUGAAUCCCAAGGGUCUGAGAAGAAGCUCCAGAGGCCCCCGAGGAUGCAGCCGUCCUCCCUCACCGCCCACCCCCCCCACCCCAGACCUGGCUUCUUCUGAGCAGCUGAGCCAGCAGGGAGAGAGUUGGGGGACCCACUGCACAGCCCCUCAGGACUCCUGCCCCUCCCCUAGCUCCUGGAGCUUCCCUGCGUCCACAGGGGAGGGCAAAAUAUUUCCCUCCCCUAGCUCCUGGAGCUUCCCUGCGUCCACAGGGGAGGGCAAAAUAUUUAUCUUUCAUUUUAAUGAUACAUAACUUAAUCAAAAGAGCACCAGAAAAACCGAGCCAGAGAGCUGGUGGUGGUCCUUUGGCCUUCUAGUACUAGGACUUAGGAGCCUGGGCCUCCCUCCUGACCACCAUGAGGGUAGUAUUGCUCCAGCUCAGCACCAGGGGGCACUGAUGCACUUCUGGGGCAUAAGGGCAAGUAGUGACACCACCCCCCUCCCCCACCCCAAUCCUUCAGCUGGCAAGCAGCUGAGCAAACCCAGGCCUUCAUUUCCUCCAGCUCCCCAGAGAGCAAUCUUCCCCAAUAAAACACAGCCCUUGUGCUGGGAGUCAGACCAAAGCCUCUGGAAGAUAAGAGAUGUGGAGAUUAGGCCAGGGACCUGGCUCCCUGUGGGGAGAUCGGAGAGGAGUAGCAGAGAUUAGGUCUAUCUGUUUGGCUACCUCUGGGCUCACUGGCCCCCCUUCUGGGAGGUGUACCCCUUUUCCUCCAGCCCACAAAUACAUGAAAGCACCUGGAAACACCUGGUUCCUGAACCUCAGAUCCCAGAGGAGCCUCUCCUCCCUGAAUCGCUGGCUUUAUCUUUCUACCUUUCCAUCUGUGUCUCCAGACACCUAAAUUUAUAGACAGGAAAAGGUUAUUCUGGUCCCAACCCUUUGGCAGGUAUGCAGCCCACAGGCUACUUCUUCAAGCAACUCUAGUGCUUCUGCUGGACAAAAGAGCCCAAUAAAGAGAAAGCAGAGAAAACUCUGAUCCUGGCAUAGGCAGGAGGCAGAAGUGAGCAAACCUCAGGCCGUUGUGUAACCCCCAAACCCAAGUGCUGCCUCAUCCCUGACCUCCCUCAUUCCUUUUCUUCUCAGACAGACAGACCAACUGACUGACCUUAGAGCCCAAACUGCUUUAUCUCCCUUCUCUCUGACCCUGGUUAGGGAGUAAGAGGUCAUCCAUUUCCGGGUAAAUCAAUGCAUUGUAUGCAAAACAAUGUCUCUCCGGUAAGAUCUGGGUGGGGAAAGGGCGCACAAGGAGUUUCUGUGUAGCCAAGGUCACAGGUCUUCCCGAGCCCUGACCUCAGGCCUGGGAAGAGGUCAGGAGCUGUGCAGAUUGAUCUAGAAACACCUUUACUCCAGCUCUGUACACCAGGGGCCGGGAGAGGGGUAUGUAAGGUAUGUACUGCCCAUUUCUCAGGCUGCUGCAUUUGCUUUCAAAGCAGAAAUCUUGCUCUUGGAGCAGAGUCAGCAGCUCCAACUCAGGCCGAUAAGGAAGCUCUGCAGGCAGAGCAGGGAGGAGCCUGACCUUGCAGGGUUCUUCUGGGGCCCAAGGCAGGUUGCAGGCGAUCCAGUCACAUGGGCUGCUCUGGGCCUCUAGCAUUUGUGUUUUUCAGCAUUAAAUGGCAGUAUUUUGGAAAGUA